UACAUAUAAACGCCAGCCCGUAAUGCACUAUCCGAUCAUUUGGAAAAUCAACGGAGGAUAUAAUAUGGUUUGAUUUUUUUAAUUUUCAAAAAACUGUUCAAAAAAUUAUAUACCCUAUUUUGUUUUGAUUUCGAUUUGACCGCUGAAAAUUCUCUUCGAUGGCCGCCAAUUCGAGCAACGGUGGUGCUGCUCUGUACAGAUCAAGGCAAGGACUCAGCACGAGACCGGUGGCGGGCUCCGAUGAAAUACAAUUACGGAUUGAUCCGAUGCAAGCUGACUUCGAUGAUGAGAUUUCCUGUCUCCGCAGCCAAGUUAGGCAAUUGAGAAAUGUGGCACAAGAGAUAGAAACAGAAGCAAAGUUCCAGAAGAAUUUCUUGGAUCAGUUGCAAAUGACCGUGAUAAAAGCUCAAGCAGGUGUAAAGAACAACAUAAGGAAAUUGAACAAGAGCAUCAUUAGGAAUGGUGGAAAUCAUGUUGUCCAUGUGGUGCUUUUUGCACUAUUCUGUUUCUUUGUUGUCUACAUGUGGUCCAAAUUUUCCAGAAGAUGAGAGAUUACUGUUGGCCACUGAAAAGAUGUCGAGAUCAAUGGGCACUAAAUGUGUAGAUUGGGAUUUGGGAGGCGAAAUGCAGGAUCCAUUUGUAAUAUCUUUACAUUAGCUUCUGUAUUUAACAUCGAUAUUGUAGUUAAAUCCUAGCUAUUGUGUAGCAAAGAGAUCAUCGCUAUGCUCGAUUUCUGGUUGAUGUAUAAGCGAAGCUAUUCCAUGCAAUUGAGCUUUUACAAAACAGUUGUGCAGUACAAUUUGUAAAAUUGUAAAUUUGAACAAAUAUGCUAGCAACCGCAGGCUGUUGAGUAUGGCAGUGGUUUGUUUACGGAA